UAAAUGGUCGAUGAGGGUUAAGUAGAGAGAGAGAGAGAGAGUAAAGAGCAGAGUGGGUGCAGUUCCAUGGCGGCGUUGCAGGGCUCUAAUUCUGUGCCAUUAUUGCUUCGAACAACGACACCACCAAAAUUGAGAACCCAACUCUUCAUCAACAACAAAACAACUACUUAGUUUUUCCUCUUUCUUACCCUAAAAUAUUUUAGCCCCUCAAAAAAGCUGCCAAACAAAACCCAAAAACCUCCCCACCAGCACAGCAGAGAGAGAUCACAUAGCUAGAUUCACACAGUACUCUAUCUAUCUAUCUAUCUCUCUCGAACUCCGAGUGAGUGAGAGUGAUCAGUAGUACCAGAUCGGUCGGUUCAAAAGAACAAGGUCGAAACCCUGGAAAACCCGGGUGGUGUCAGAAUCACUGAUCCGCAAACAAGAUUUGAUCUUCUGAUAUGGAUUUUUACCCCAAAUUGAGGUCAUUUUCGUGUGCGAGAAAUGGCUGGGUUCUUCGGUAGCUUAGGGGGAGGAAGAGAUCAGGGGGUUAGAAACAAACAAGGUGGAGACGAUGAAAGAGGAGGAAACUUAAACCUGUUUUCGUACGGAAACGAAGAGAUCUACAACAAUUCCAAGGGCGGAUUCGAGUUAUGGCCACAGUAUCAUCCUCACCAUCCUCAUCAUCAUCAUCAUCAGCAGCAAAGCUUGAACUACUACGCGUUUGGAGUGGAUCCUAGCCGUAGAAGCAACCACAACAACUUGGAGGGCAACGUCUCGGAUGACUCAUCUUCGGGGCUGAGACUCACUGUGAUGCGGCAAGGAAGCGGUACCGGUGGCGGAAUGAAUUGUCAGGAUUGCGGGAAUCAAGCUAAGAAAGACUGUCCUCACUUGCGGUGCCGAACCUGUUGCAAGAGCCGAGGGUUUCAGUGCCAAACACACGUCAAGAGCACUUGGGUACCUGCAGCCAAACGCCGAGAGAGGCAGGAACAAUUCUCUGCUCUUCAGCAGCAGCAACAACAACAACAAUUGCAAUUUCCGAAAAGGCAGAGAGAGAAUCAAGCCGGAGGCUCAUCUCUAGCCUGCGUUCGUUUACCCACUAACACGUCAGGGUUGGAGCUUGCACCAUUUCCAGCGGAGGUGAGUUCACCAGCCGUGUUCCGGUGUGUGAGAGUCAGCGCAAUGGACGAUGUGGAUGAGCAGUACGCGUACCAGACGGCUGUGAACAUCGGAGGCCACGUGUUCAAGGGACUUCUCUACGAUCAUGGGCUGGACAAUGCUAAUUACACAAGCGCAACCACCGUCGGCGAAAGCUCCUCAGGCGGCCAACAAGACGGAGGAGGAGGGCAUCAUAAUAAUCAACAGCAACUGAAUCUCAUAACCGCCCCUACAAGCACAAGUGCCAACCCUCCUACGGCGACGUUGCUCGAUCCUACUAUGGUGUUUCCGACUCCGCUCAAUGCUUUUGUGGCUGGUACGCAAUACUUCCCACCUCCGAGGUCUUAGAUAAUAAAAACAGCAAGGGCCAGCUUGCCAUUGGCUUCGCUUUCGUUUUUGCAACUCAAAUCUUCAUGUCUCAGCUACUAGCUAGCUAGAUCGAACUAAUAUUGAUUGUUCCUCUAUUAAUUGCUAUGCCAUUCGAUCAUCAUCGUAGAUCAAG